AUGCCCCAUCCACCUAUUGUUAUACCUCCUGUCACCAAAACCUGUCCGACAUGCCGCCAGACUAAACCUGAGGACCAGUUCCGGAGAGUGGGUACGAGUACGGCUGUUAAGACUUGUCUUGCUUGUCGGGAUCGCUAUCGUCAGGGUCGAAAGCGCCUAUCCGAUGAGUCUGUAGUUGUUUUCGACGGUACUGCACCCCUGCCAACAAAUACCAAUACUACAAACACUUUCUACCAACCUAUCGCUCCCCGUCCUACUCAUUCCGCUCCUCCUAAUGGAGAAGACCACGGAACCCAGAACGUCUUCCAAGUCGAGCCUCCCAAGCGCAAAAAGACGAACAGAAAGAAAAAAGAUCAUGAUGAAGAAUCCCAGCUCAUGGACAUCGGCUCACUGGUCCUUGGCCCUAUGGGCCCCUCGUUCGAGCUUUUGCCUAGUCUCCAGUCGAAUUCGAGAUGCCAUUCGAGAGAGAACCGCUCGGAGACGAGGGAGCGGGUGAGCACUGUCGAUUCUACUAUGUCUCAGUCCUGGGGCUCGUCAUCUCGUCCUCAGGUUGCUGAAAGGGAGGUGCGGAUUAGCACUAUUGAUUUGACUGAUCCUGAGCAUCAGCUUCAGUCCCGAGGUUCUUGGUCCGUGCCGCCGCGUCCGCUGACAGAUGAGGGGGGUUCGGGUGUGCGCUCAAUUGUUCUCGGACCUAUGGGUCCUUCCUUUGCUGUCUUGCCUGGACUUCAGUCAAAGCCUCGUUCGAGAGAGAACGGCUCUGGGGCGUGGGAGACUGUCGAUCUUACUGGACCUGAGCCUCGAUCCCGGGGUGCUUAUUCUCGGCCUCUGCCGCUGCGUCCUCAGGAACACGGCUCGGAGAGUCGAAAACAGCAGGCUGGAAGUGUUGGUAUUGUUUCUGCUCGAUAUGGAUCUCAGUCUCAAUCUUCGUCGCGGUCUAUGCUGCUGCGUCUGCAGACAGAGAGGGAGCAACGUGUUAGAACUGUCGAUUCUAGUGAACCUGAACCUCAGUCACAGGGUUCGUCUACACAGCCUCUACCAUCACGUCCUCAAGAGCGUAGCUCGGAGACUCAGGAGCGCCAAGUUAGAACAGUCGAAUCCACCGAACUUGAUCAUCAGCCCCGGAAUUCUUCUUCUCGGCCUCUGCAGCCGCGUUCUCCGACAAAUGAUGGGGAUUUGGAGAGGAAUUACUGA